CAUUAAUUGUUAUAAAACCUCAAAAUUAUUCUAGGUGUUCGAGUAAUGCCAAAGAGGCAUUACCAACUAAACAUUGUGAAGAGUUCAUAGUUAAAAAAGUUUAUUCAAUUAAUUAUUUUUCACUGAUUUAUGAAAAAAAAAAAUAAGAAAAGAUUUAUGAAAAACUAGAAUUGAAAUCUAUAGUCACAGGUCAUGCAAACUGUUGACUUUGGAGGUCAAAGAUAGGUUUCUAUAUUCAAAAUAUACCACUUAUAGAAGUUUUGUUCUGGAGACACCUCUCAGAUCAUGACUAGAUUCACAGAAUCCUAUCAUGCAACCCUAUCAAGAGUGUAUAUAUAAGCACUCUCUGUAGCGUCUAACAUAUCAGAUACAAAUCCGCAAACACCUCUGGCUUUCUUUCAAAAUUCUCCACUUUCUCUUGAUUACCACAAUGGAUCCGAGUGAUCAAGCAGACAUAAUCUCAAAUCUACCAGAUGUUCUUUUGGUCCUCAUCAUUUCAUGCUUGUCGUUCAAGGAAUGUGUUCAAACCAGUCGCCUCUCCAAGCGGUGGAGAUCUGUCUAUCUUCAGACGAGGAAUGUUUCUUUCAAGGAAUCCGACUUCUUGAGCCCUUCUGUCUACGCAAAUCCUAUAAGUUGGGUUAGGGCGAGGGUUGCGUUUGUUGAUUACGUGUGUAGCUGGGUCGCUAGAAUCGAUGAUCAACCCAUCGAUACAUUCGGGAUUUCUAUCUCGUAUCCAAAGAAAUACUUGGAUGUGAUCGAGUCCCUGAUAGCGUUCGCGGUCCGAAAAAGGGUCAAGGCCUUGGUUCUUGAUUUCUCAAACCCGGCGUGGACAACCUUUCAUGAUGUCAACCUUGAUGAGUUGGUUGUUGAAAUCCCCCAAAGCGUCUAUGAUCUUGCGACUCUCGAGUCGUUGAAAGUUGGCGCGUGCAAGAAGUUUGACCCAGCAAAACUAUCAAACCUAGGAAAGCUCAAAACCGUCUCUUUCGGCUGUAUGGUACUGACGAAUCUUGAACCUUUUCUAAAGACUUCAAGGGUUGAGAGUUUAACUAUCAAUGACUGUCGGGAACUUGAUUUCGAUACGAUAAAAGGGAAUAUGAGAGAAGUUGCAAUCAAAAACUGCGACUUUUCCAUUAACUGCACCUUUCACCUCCCUAGAGUUGACAUACUCAAGUACUCGGGAGAUCUUUUCUGCUUCGAAUUCGAUAAUAUGAAUACCAUCAUAAGCGAAGUUGAAUUUGAUUUCCGGGUGUUGGACAAUAACAAUGAUGAAAAUGAUUCGACCACCGCAGAAGGAGGCAUGCUUUGUCAUCUCCUUAAUAAUCUCCUUGAUGAUGGUGGUCGAACUGCUACGACCUUAACGGUCUGUCCGUUUCUACUCAAGGUAUGUCUUUAGAUUUACAUUACAUUUUCACGCAUUAGGUCAUUCAGUGUAGGCUCAUUUUAAUUCAUGGUUCUUUGAAAUUUUUGAAUACUUUGCCAUGUGGUAGUAAUUGUACCUAGUGAAAAGAAAUUAUGUUGAAUAUUUAGAUGUUGUAUAAACAGAUUAGAUAUUAGUAGUUUGUGAAAUUUAUUAGGUCAAGUGUGUGUGUGUGUGUUAGUGUUUGCGAAAUAUAGUAUUGGGAGUUUUGUAGAAUGAUAUUUUGAGCAAAAAAAACAAAUGAGAUUUUUUCUGUUAAAUAGAAAAUAGUUUUCUUAAAAAUGUUUUUUGAUAUUUUCUAUACUUUUGUAUAUAUUUUAUAUAUUAUAUUUUUAAAAGUAACAAUUCCUGUAAAACAAACAAAAAUCGUUUUUAAUUAAAAUCUCACAUAAGUUGAUUUUUGGUUUUUGUUCAUAAAUGAUCAAACAAAAUUGAAACUACUUUUCCUAAAUUUUAGAAAAAAAUUUUAUUAAAAAUUUGAUUGGCUAAUAAAGUGUUUUAGAAAAAAAAGAAUACCAAAAUCUGAAUCAUGAAAAUUUUAAAAAGUGUUUUUGAAAACCUAAAACCCAAAUAUGUUUUAGAAUCUAUAAAACAAGCAAUGCGUAUAUUUUGCAUUAGAAGACAAUAUUUCUUUCCAUAGUGUUAAUUAAAGUAAUUUCUUAGUGAAUAUAGAGCUAUACCCUAAAAUUUUAGCAUUAAAUUAAUGUAUAAAUUGAAUGUUUAGAAUAAAAUAGUGACAAAGUGAAUUUUUUCUUAUGUUAGAUGAUUCCAAGAUCUGAGCAUCCACAUUUUCUUCGCCCGAUGGAAACAAAACAUUUAGUGCUGAAGACGGAAUUGCAUCCGAGAGAGUUCAAUGGAAUUAGGCUUCUUCUCGUUAAUUGCCCAAAAUUGGAAACACUCACUAUAGAUUUGCUUCCUCCAAGCCCCAUUGCGGUAAGUUUUCUUAAUGUUAAUUAUAUAGCCUCAAAAAUGAAUUAUAUGUUACAAUAUAUAUAUGGAUCACUUCAUAUUAUUAAACCAUGCGACAAUGAUUUCAUAUUUCCCAGACCGCUUCAUCAUAUGCUGGCAUAGAUCCACAGACAUACUGGAUGCAAAACAUAUCAUAUGAGUGUCUGACAGAGACUCUGAAAGCAGUUGUGGUGAAGAACUUCACUGGUGGAGCAAAUGAGCUGCACAUAGUGAAGUUUUUUAUUCAAUCUGAAUGUGAGCAUCUGGAGAGAGUUGAGCUAUACAUGCCGUUUGAUUUGGACGAGGGUCGAAAGAUGUUUGCAAAUGCCAAAUCUGAAAUGCUGCAACGCAGUUCGAACCGUGUCCAAGUUGUUGUGCACAAUUCUUGAAGAGGUGAUCUAUUCAAGACUUUACUACCGGGUUUACUUUUCCAUUUAAUAAUGUUUUCAAGUCUGUUUUAAUAACUUCAAGAAUGGAUGUUCUUGUUUGAAUCUGUUAAGUUUGUUUCGGUUUAUUUGUUUUAUGAAUAAGAGCCUCAUGAAAAACGAGGACUUGGUUAUCUCUAUGAACCAAAGAAAAACUUUGAUCUCUUUUAAAGAUUUGGUUAUUGUUUCUUGCUUAAUUUCAUUUUAGUUCAUGUUCCGUUAUUGUUGUUCCUGCUUAAUGUCAUCUUUAGUUCGUAUUCGAUUUUGGUUUUGUUUAAUUCAAGGAAUAUGUACUAUAAAGAUGUAUAUGCAAGAACUCACAAUUUCUAGUUAAAACCUGUGGUUUUUCUUCUCUUUUUUUUUGCUUUUGGUGCAUCUUUGGCUUAGUUAAAUUGAUAAUGUAUCAGUUCUCUUGUUAUGAAAAUUGUUUUUUUUUUUUAAAAAAAAAUUGUUUAUAUAUUAAUUAAUUGAUAUUUUUUAUCUUGUUCAUAAGUUGAAUUUUUUUCCAAAUAUUUUUUUUCUUUUUUUGGCAUCUAUAUAUUUUGUGAUUUCAGUUUUGUUACUGAUGAGAUUCAAGAGCCUAUAUAUCUUAUCAAUAAAUAUAUAUAUCUUAUCAAAAAUUUAUCUCUCUCAUAUAGCCAAAUGGCUCUUUGCGUACAGGGUCUUAGAUGCCUGAUCAUUUGUCCUCCCACCCCAAAUGAGAUUCAGCUUGUCCUCGGUCUACCAUGAAUCAAUUUCAGUUAAGAAAACACCCAUAUUUUCCAUGUUGUUUGUCUCCUUCCUUCUUCUGUCUUUGCUCUUCUUCUUCGUGUUUUGUUUCGAAAUUUAAAUCUGCCCACAUUGGUAUGUAAAAAACCAAUAAUGAUCCUCCAAAUGCAACCAAAGAUCCUGUUGCAUUUAUAUGUAAUUUUCCAAGACAAACAUCACACACACACAUAUAUAUAUAUUGUCUCAUAGCUGAGCUCUAUAUUUCCUUUCCCCAUAAACUGCCUCAAGCUGGUGUAAUUCUGAUCAAUACUGGCCAAACAUAUUCACUUCAUCUCUUUCUCUUGAAGACUGUGCAUGAAACUCUUUUUUAGAAAGAAGCUCGAUUAAGAAAGGUUAAAUAAGAAUGAUCUCCCUUGAACGUGUUUCAGUUACUCCGUUUCUGAAGCUUCCAAGAAGCUGUUAUCUAUAGCAUGAUAUAAGAAAAACAAUGCACACAAACAACUCUAACCACACUGAGCAUCUAUAUAUUUUUAUUCCUAAAACCUAGAGAUAAAACUGACUGUGUUUUAAUAUCUUGCCUGGUUAGUGGUUAUACCAUACAAAGACACUGCCAAACAAAAGAAAAUCAAGACUUAAGGAAAAGGAUGGGAAUUAGUAACCAAACAAAUGGAAAACGUUAAAAAGCCUAAAAAUCGCCUAUAAAGUCGAAAAAAAUGCAUUGCAAAUGUUUUGUUUUGGCUACCGUUAAGGGAUUUUUUUUAAAAGGAUUUACAAAGAAACAAUUGACGUGAGGUUUCAAAAAACAGACGAAGAACCAAUUGAUGUGUUGGACCACGUGGUUACCCAUCAAAACAAACUUGACCACCCUUAUGAAACUCAUGAUGUGCCUGGUCCUAACUAAACCAAAUCUGUGGAAAAAUUGACCAUUAAAGGACAAAGAGAAUGCCAAUGUCUUUUACUUAGCUAUGCUUCAACUUGUCAAACUAGCUCUCUGCAUAGUAUCGGAAGCACAGUUUCAUCAAGUAUUCGCUAAAGCUUGUCACUAGUAAUAACAUCUGAAAUAGCCACGGAUGAGCCACCAAAUUUCUGUGGCUAUAAAAAAAGAGCCACUAAUAACCCACGAUAAAGCCACGAACC